AUGCCCGCCGCCGUAGCACGCGCACGCGCCUCCAUCCACAUGCCCACGCGGGUGAGGCGGGCCAAGGAGGCAUCCGCCCGCAGUCGUCGUCGCCGCCGCGGCAGCUCGCCGGCGGCGCUGUCCUCGCCGCUUGAGGACGACGAUCUCCUGUGGGAGAUCCUCCUCCGCCUCCCGCCGCAGCCCUCCUCCCUUCCACGCGCCUCCGCCGUCUGCAAGCGGUGGCGAUGCGCGGCCACCGACCCCAGGUUCCACCGCCGCUUCUUUCAACACCACCGGAAGCCGCCCCUCGGUUUCUUCGAGCAGAGAGUCGAUGGUGUCGUCUUCAAACCUGUCCUGGACCCUCCCGACCGCAUCCCUCCUCAGCGCUUCGACGUGCGACUCCACGGCAUUGACAGUGGCCGUGGCACGGGGGUCAAACUGCUGGGGUGCCGCCACGGUCGCCUCCUCAUCAUACGCUCGCUGCAGCAAGAGAUUAUUGUCAUUGCCCCCAUCACGGGCGAGGAGCACCGCGUGCAAGUUCCGCCUGAGUUCAAGAGCGGCUGCUACGUCAAUGGGGCGGUGCUCUGCGCUGCUGCCGACCACAACCAUGUGCACGGAAGCUGCCACUCGAGCCCAUUCAAGGUGGUCUUGCUGUCCAUGGGCAGAUACCUUAUUGGUCCACCGAUUGCCUUAGCACGUGUUUACUACUCGGAGACUGGCAUAUGGGGUGACCUCAUCUCAACACCGACUCCAUGUCAGCUUCAUGAUACUGGUACACAUGGGUCAUUAGUUGGUAAUGCACUUUACUGGUCGUGCGACGAUUACAUUUUUCAGUUUGAUUUGGAAGGUCAGAGCCUAGCUUUGAUCAAAGCUCCUCGCACUAUAAAUGAUGCCCGCGACUGCUUUGACAUGCGUGAGGUUAUCGAGAUCAUGGAUGGCGCUGUUGGUCUUGCCAUAUUGUCUCACUAUUACUAUAACAUUCAAAUGUGGCAAAGGAAGGUUAAUUGUCAGGGUGUUGCCAAAUGGGUGCUCUGGAAGACCAUUGAUAUGCAUAACAUUCAUGGGAUCCCCCAUGGGUUUGAAGGAGAGAGGCCAGAGUUAUGUAGACUGAGAUAUGUUGAGGAUACUGAUGAUAUAUUUCUCCAUGUGGGCACCAGUGUCUAUGUGGUUCAACUUAAGUCAAUGCAAUCUAAGAAACUUUGUGAAGCCCAUUAUGUUAAUCGCUAUUAUUCUUUCAAGAGUUUCUAUAUGCCAGGCACAACCAUUGUUGGUGGAUGUGAUGGAUCCCAUACAUAGGAUGACUUUCUGUUUUGAUGUGCUGAAUGGUUCACCAGGUAAGAAGGAUCUUUUGAAUAUACUUUGUGAGAUUUGAACUGAUUGAUUUUCUCUUUGGAAAAUAUCUGGCGGACACUAUGGUUAGCAUGCACCCAUCCUCAAACUACUGUCCUUUCGGCUUAUAGCGAUUCACACAUGGUAAUAACAUAGACAAGCAAUUAAAAUGGUGGUGAUGCCAAGAAAAGUGACUCCUUUUUGGCCAUUAAUGAUAUCCAGAUGAUUCAAAUAUUAUAUGCCUGAAGUUCUCUCUUGGUUUAGUUGUUCUGGAAUCUAUAGGUUGACAACAAUAUAUUAGUAGCACAUCUUGUCAUUACAAACACCAGUCACAUCAUUCAACUCCGUCACCCAACAAAUUCAUGUGUAAAGGCUGAAGGUUUGUUUUGUUGUC